CAUAGUGGCGCGGCGGCUUCUUCGGGCUAUCGGUUAUCGCCGCUGUUUCGACCAAAACAAAAGCUUACACAUUGGAAAUAUGGGCGACGCGACUUCUCCGGCGGAUCAGCGGAAUGUGGAGGUGAAGGCACGGAUUUCAGGCGGUGCGGAGGGCUUUGAGGCACGACUGAUCCUGGCCAGAAACCUAAGUGGCUGCCAGAAUGCGGAGCUAAUCGAGCAGCGUGACGUGUUUUUUAAAUCUCCGCUGGGCGGACGCCUCAAACUGCGCUAUCUAAAGGCUCCAAGCCGCUCCCAAUUGGUAUUCUACGAUCGUCCGGAUGUUGCGGGUCCUAAGCUCUCCACGUUUAAUUUGAUAGAGGUGGACGAACCGGAAGUCCUGGAAAAGAUUCUGACCCAAUCGAACGGAGUUCUUGGUGUCCUGGCAAAGCGGCGGCAUUUAUUUAUUCACGGACAGACACGCAUUCAUUUGGACGAGGUGCAGGAUCUGGGUCACUUCUUGGAGUUGGAGGUGUGUCUCCGGCCAGAGCAAACGCUGGAACAGGGGCAAUCCAUCGCCGAGGAGCUUUCCACGAAUUUGGGAAUCCGGAAAGAGGACCUCAUGACCGGAUCGUACUUCGAUGCCCUGAGGAAGGCCAAUCAUUAAUUUCCUUUAAAAGUAAUUCGUCAACAAUUAAAGAGAACUGUUGCUUGAUCAAGUAGUGUA